UAUGUACGUAUUCAAUACAGUAACUUCCGAUCAUGAAAUCUGAAAUCUUGCAUUAUUUACUGUAGUAGCUUUAUGUUGUGAAGUACCGUACGAUUUACUCGUAUGGAUUUAUAUGGACUACUGAUCUCGAAAAGAGAAAACCGAUUGCGAUCGCGUCCUGAAGCAACAAACAUCAGAUUGUCUUUGAAUCACUUACCGGUGACUUGCUUUGUUCUGUAUGCGAAUCAAAAAGUUCCUUGCAUAAUGGUUAAAAUUAGAGAAAUAAAGCAAACCCUUGAGAAUGCUCUGAUCAAUAAGGACCCGCAUCGCCUUGCACAAGUUUUCGAACCCCUCGUGGGCGUUGCAUCGUCGGCGAUAGCAACUAAUGGGGGUCGGCAAUCACAAAAGCACAAUCCCCAAUCGUUUACGGUGAAUGGCAAAAACUGUGGAGGUCUUCUGACAUCCUUGCUAGAUGCAUACGCCGCGGCAGAAGUUGUAGGUAAUAGUUGUACAUGGUAUUUUUGAUGUGGUGUAACGUCAGAUAUCGCUGCACUUGUUGUUUUCGAGUAUAUGUAACAAAUAGAUUGCCAAUUGUUGUUUGAAACUCAAACAAUCAAAAAUGAWUUUUUUUCUACCUAAUGAUAGGGUGAUAWCGAAGCCGCGUUUGAAGCCCAGGUAAAGGUGCACCCUAAGUUCAAUCAAUUAUUCAGUUCAUCGGAGGGAAAUUGGAUGGUACCAGCGAUGAUUGUGGUCUGCAAAACGACACACAAAUUAGGGCUCCUAGCUGAUAGGCAAAUUUUGAUCAAAAGCAAGACGAAACAAAACCACCACGCAAAACUGCAGAAAGCAGUCCCUAUUCUCCAGGAAUCGUACUCGAAAACUUUCAACGAUCGAACCGAAUACCAAGCCGGAGCCCCGUUUGACACGGACGGGAGCAAACAGGCCGGUGUGCUUGGGAUCGUGAACGAGUUGUUUGGAAUGUACUUUCGACUCAACAUCUUGCGUUUGUGCAAGAAUCUGAUACGUCCCGUCGAAACGAAAAAGCUUUCCGAAAAAGGAAGCAUGGCAGAAAUGGUUACCUACACAUAUUACGUCGGACGACUUUCGAUGUUUGAAGACGACCAUGCCCGUGCCGAGACCAACCUGGAGUAUGCCCUCGCACAUUGUCACAGAGAUGCUACGAACAACAAAAAGCGCAUUUUGAAGUAUCUCGUUCCUGUCAAACUGUAUCGAGGAAAAUUUCCCACAACCCGACGUAAGUUUAUGAGUGUCAACAUCGUGUUUUUAUAUUUCAGCGAUCAGGUGUGUCUCACCAUUUCAUUAAUCACGCGCUAUUCUCUGUUUUUUGCACCGUAUCCAACACUUUAGUUUUGGACAAAUAUGGAUUGGAGGAAUUCAAACCACUUGUAGAAGGAAUGCGCAAGGGAGAUCUUCGAACAUUCCAGGAUGGCCUUGUCAAGUACCAGGAUCGCUUUAUUGGGCAGGGAACAUAUCUACUCCUUGAAAAGUGUAAGACGGUUGUUUAUCGGAACCUUUUCAAGCGUGUCUGGAAAAUAAUGGACAGUUACCAGAUCAAACUAGAACAAAUCUCCAAAGCAUUCAAAUGGCUGGGGAUGCCCAUCGAUUUGGACGAAAUGGAAUGCAUACUGGCGAACUUGAUCUUCAAACGCUACAUAAAGGGAUAUUUAUCCCAUGCCAAGCGCACGUUGGUUCUUUCCAAGCGAGAUCCUUUCCCAACAUCGGCUGUGAUUUCAAAUUAGACUGAAUAGGAAAACCGGAAAACCGGCAACAAAAAUACUGAAACGUACGAUGUUGAUUGGAAAAGGGGUGGGGAGGAAUAAGUUCUAGUCAAUUGAUAUUUUUCAAUCCAAGCAAUGUGCCGUAAAAUGGAAUCUAGGUGUAGUUGGAUGAAGAAAAGUCAAUUGUUUAUCGAUGAAGAUUUGACAAGAAUUGUGAUAUCGAUAGUGUCGGAGUUUAUUACCAAUAUCAUGGAACUGAGAAAACUUGACGUGAUGCUGAAUGCGAAUUUUAUUGCAUUAGAUUUAAUCGAUCGACACCAUUCAAUUAUAUCAAGAAUAUUCCGUAAAAAGUUUCCGUAAAUUAUAUCCAACGCCAUCAGUCCAUUUGUACCGAAUCUAAAAAAUAGAGUAUCCAAUGUCGAAGAGGACGUUCGCCUAACAUCAAUAUUCUUUCCCUUGAUUUUCUUUUGCAAGAUUACUUAUCAACAACGCCCAGUCUUCGUUCUGUUUAGCAUCAGGUUUCCACUUCCUUUCUAUUUGAGGUGGAGACUCGCUCUUCCAAUCACCUUUAUAGCCCAACUUUAACAUCAAAGAUUCCAUGACGUCGUCGACUUUCGCCCGAAUUACGUGCACCGCAUUUUUGUCUUUCGGCGUUGAUUGGAGAUUGACAAUGAAAAACUUUUUUGCCAGCAAUGGAAGACUCCCUACCGGCUCAAUACGUAAUGAUGUACCAAGACAAAGUAUUAAAUCCGCCUUCAAGCAUUCGGCUUUUACUCUUUCCAUGUCGAGAACAGGGUCUUCCCAGUCCAAAAGAAUGUCUCGCAUGUCACCUCCGUCCCCGCAUUCAUCACAUGAGUUUCCCGUGGGUUGAAAACUUAAACCUUGUAAUUCUUUGUCUCUGAAGUAUUCACAACCACACUUGGCACAUUUUUCAGUAAAAACGCAACCAUGAACAGUUGAAUGGUAAUUUCUCGAUAAUCCGGAUCUUCUAUGCAAACCAUCAACGUUUUGCGUGACGCAGAACUUGAGUAUUCCGUCCGUCGUUAGUCUCGUUAUAGCAUGAUGUGUGAGAGUGGGUUCCGCGAACCGAAACAUAUCAUCGCUUUGGUUUCCAACCACUGAAGAUUCAGAAACAGUCGUCGAGAGCUUCCGUUUCCGACUCUUGGAAGGCGAUUCUUUCUUCAUUCGCCGCUUUUUUUCUUCCUCCUUCGUCCAAAUGCCGUUCGGCCCCCGAAAGUCUGGUAUCCCACUAGCUGUGCUGAUUCCUGCACCAGUGAGAACAAUUGUGUAAUCAGAUGCCUCCAUUGCUCUCUGUAAAUGCUUUAGCUUCAGAGCUAGAGUUCUCUGGGAAUCGUAAGACUCGGGUAAUCCAACGACUCCCUUGUUCGGGUAUUCAGACAGACGAGAAGCAUACCCCGCCGACAUGACCGACGACAAUCAACUUGCGUUGGCGCU